UCAUAGAUAUGUAAACAAUAUGGCCGACAGUCCGACGUCAAGAAAGGUCACUUAUGAGGAGAGUAUGAAUACAUCAAACACAAUGACCUCAACAAAUUAUCGGAAUGAAGUUGACGAAUGGACUGAAGUAAACAAGAAGCUAAAAAAACAUGGACUGCAGAUAGUCAAGCUGUUACAUCCAUCGGACGUAGCUCUCAUGACAGGCAGAACAGUAUGCUUGGACACGGCCAUGAGUAAAACCCUGCGAGAUAAUGUUUUAUCACUGGUGGCUGACUGUGACCAUCGACAGACACUAAUACAAGAUCUGAUCAUCACCAACAAUAAACUGAAGGAAGAUUUGGAGAAGCAAUCAAAUCUAACUUCAAAAUACCAUGGAAGAAUGAAAGAAUUACAAGUUUUACUAGAAAGUUCAAGAGCUCGAGUGCAGGAGAUGGAAGAAGAAGGUUCUUCCAGGACUUCAUUUAUGACAGAGGAAGAGGAGAAACUCGUAAACACAAAGAACGCUAUGCAUGCCAAGUGUAAACAACUGACUCAGAAAUGCCACACCCAGGAAAAGGAAAUAGAGCGCCUAAAAUCCAAAAUGCAAAAAAUGGCAGAGGAGGAAGAUAAACGGGCCUCCAGACAGGGCCAAGUGUUUCAAGAAUUUAAGAAAAGAACUGCCCGGGCUCAUAGUGUGAUGGAUGAAAAGUUGUUAGAUAUUAUAGAUGCUUAUGAGAAACAGGUGCUAGACUUGCAAAAACAGAUUGACUUUUAUAAGUCAGCUGAACUCGGAGAUACUCAGGACUUUGACGAUGAGGAACAGUCUUUCUUUUCUGUACGGAAUGAACCCUCACAAAAUAUGAAAUCCUUAGUUAGGACUUAUGAAAAGCAGUUGGGAAAAGCCCAUGAUAGGAUCAAACAGCUAGAAAACGACAGAGAAUUAAACAAACUGGAUGUGGGGUCAAGACCACAGUUACAGGACUAUAGAGUGGCUCAACAACGAAUCAAAAAACUUGAAAAGCUACUGGCAGUUCACAACAUCAGUAUACCAGGUGAAAAGCCCAAUAAAGACCCUUACAGACUGAAGAAAAAGUACAGUACCAAACUUGAGGACCUAGAUUAUCUCCCUUUAGACUUCUGUAGGCAGCACCUCAGGGACAUAUGCACAGAGACUGAUGUUGAAGACCUUGAGCAAAUCAUUCCUUUAUUACAGAAACAGAAUGAAUAUCUCGAGACGUCUCAAAGAUAUGAACAGUUCUGUCGCUGUGUGCAGGAUAUGUGUCAUGAUGAAGAGGAGCAUCAUGGGAUAUCUCUCAGUCCCUCGAGGAAGAAGGCUGUUCUGACAGAGAAGAGUUUACAAAGAACAGUAGCCAAACUCCAGUGCUGGAAGCAGGACCAAGAUGGUUUACAGGAGCUUCAAAUUUCCAUGAACAAGCUGGGAGAGAGGGUUGCCCCCUGGUUGAAGAUUCGACUAAGUGGUGACCCUUCCAUGGCACAGAUUAUCACUGCUGUGGACAAAAUUGUGUACGACGAUGGCAUUAUUAGAGAAAAGGAUGGAAAGGAGCACCCCUCUCGUACAGUUCUAGAGAACAUCAUCCAACACUUCCAGACACUGUUUGAUGUUCCAUCAGUGUCUGGGGUAUUUCCCAGAAUGAAUGAUAUUUACACCAAACUCGGAGAGGUCCAUAAUGUGCUCAACACACUGCGCAAUCUUCUUGGACUUUAUCCAGAUGCUAAAUCCUCUGAGAUUGUGGAUGCUGUUGGGCACCUUUGUCAUUCUCACCAAAACACCACCGCCAAGCAGCUGAAAUCUCUCCUACAAACGGAGGAUCUGGAGGGAGUAAUACGACGCCUGGAGGAACAUAGUGAUUUUUUCCCAGCAUUUCAGGAAAUCGUCAGAAAAUUGUUUGAGAUUUUAGAUAUCCAAAGAAUGGACCAAAUCAUACCUGCAGUACGUGCCCUUAAACUGUUAGCAGGUUGAUCCACCUAAAAACUCUCUAGAUCUGUUGUUCAUCGAUUAGGCAUGCAAACCACAUCGACACAAAAAGCCGAAACCUCCAUCCAGAUAUGCAAGGAAACCAGUUUUUGGUGCCAUAUACAUUAUGGGAGCUGUCCAUUCAGUGCAGAUUUUAUUUCAAUUACUGUACACAUUGUCUGUCAUUGUCCUUCCUUUAAUGUUUUAUAAGACAAUGGUCAAUGACAGCUCUGUUCUCAAGUCAUGAUAUACAAAGUAAUGAGAUGUCUCAGAGUAAGACAGCUUUAUGUCUUGACUAAUAGUUGGAUUAUAAACUCAAAAUACUGUAUUUUUUACCAGGAUAUUUUUGUAUAAACAGAUGAUUGAUUUUCUUUAACUGUUAAUCUGAAGAGAUCACGAAAUAUAUGUCAGGUGAAUUUGGUUUUUUUUUUCUUUUCUUUUUUGAUAUUUAUGAUUAUAGCAGAAUGAUGUAACAUUUUUUUUCAUUAAAGCCUCCGAGUCAAUAUCCUCUGUUAUAAGGAUUUGCAAGACAAUGUUACACAUUUAUUGACUGAUGUCGAAGGCAACAUGUGUUAUGUUAACAUUGGACCCAUGGACCAAAAUGUUGAAUGAAGCCAUCUAGGCAAUAGGCAACAUUUUGGUCUGAGGAUCCAACAAAAUGUGUUGCUAGAAACCCAAUCAAUAAAUGUUUUGUUACACCUUUGUAAAUUUACAACCCUCGGAAGAAUUUGGUUUACCGUCAAAAAAACCCUCAUUGGUGGAUACAGGUUUUCCUCUUGACAUGUUCACAUUUUUUGUUAUUGCUGUCUCUGUCAUUCAUAAGGUUUUCAAUAUCUCAGUCUGAUUAAUCCUUCAAUCUACUGGUAUAAGAUGCCAUUUUGUCGCAGACAUAAGCAUUACAAUUAUAAAGGAGUAGAAGAGGACGUUAAUAAGUUGGGUUUUGGCAUCUUCCCACAUCAAGGCAACCACAUUUAGAAAAAUGUGGUGGAUCACAAACAUUAAACUUAAAAAGAUGAGUUUUGGAUGAAUAAACUUGCCACAGAUAAUUAAGAGUUAACCCGAAUACCAGCAAUUAUAAUAAUACAAAAACAUCAAACGGUCCAUUGGAAACUCAGUAUCGGCCUGAGCAGUCCAGAAUCAGGGUUUCAGUGGACCAGGCAGUCCAGACAGUGGACUUAUUGAUGUAUGUAGUUGUGUUAGGAGCAGUUUAUGAGGGUAUAUUCCAAUGUUAUUUAUUACAAUUGUUUUGAUUGGACAAAAAUAAAGCUGAACAAGAGUUUACACAUCAGUAAAUCCAAAAACGCGAUGUAUUCAUACACGCCUGAAAACAAAUCACAUAGUGCGGGGAAACUAUUCAAAUUUUUGCAAUUGUUAAUGAAGUGAAUGAAUUGGAAUUAUAAGAAUCAAACAUUCUUUUUGAAGAAUUUUAUCAAUGUGUAAACUCCAGACAUUUUACUCACAAACUUUACAUAAAAGUGCUUCACACUUUUAUUCAGUUUGUGAGUAAAAUGUCCGGAAUUUACACCUCGAUAAAUUCUUCAAAAAGAAUGUUUAAUCCUGUAAUAACAAUUCACUUUAUUUGUUGGAUGUUGUGAGGUAAGACAUUUUCAAAGUUGUCCAUUUCAUAUGGAUGGGUAUAUUCAUCGUAGAUGUUAACAGCUGUGAUAGAAUUGUGAAUUUUAUUAAUGUAUAUACUGGUAUAUCCAUAAAUUUUAACAAGUAUAUUA